CACGCAUCGCUCUCUGCAGCCGACGGAACUCGCGCACUUAUAUCGUCUUAUCGAUACUUUCUGUACUCCAAACGUUAUACAGAGUUCUUAUGUGAUGUGAUAUCUCAUUAUUUAAUGUAAAUAAUCUUGCAAACAAAAAACGAUGCAUCUAUAGCGUUGUGGGCGACAAUCGUCGCAGUGACAGAUUGAUCGGCACUGUCUUUAACAGACUUGAUCCAUGUGCGUCAGUCGGGUAUUGGUGUCCAAGGAGAUAACGUGAUGUGACAACGAUACGUAUUAAAGUGGCAGUGGAAUAGUUUUGUGAAAGUGUGCAGCGAGCGUGAGUGAACAGACGGCUGCCGGCGCGGCCGGCGCCUUGUCACAAUGUUGAAUUGCACCGAUUUGGAAUGCAUCCUGCACCACCACCAUUAUUAUGCCCAUCUACACCAUAUACAUCACUUGCAAAAUGCGCAGGAAUCAGCAAUGUCGGCCGACAGGUCGACGACAGAUAUUCAUGGCUUACUCAACGAUACUGAAUCUGAUCUCACCGGACUGUCACAUGUUGAUGCCCCGAAUGAUGCGAAUUACAUGAUCGGAGGUGUAGUGAUUGCCAUGGCCCUCGUUGGCCUCAUAAUUGUGCUGCUGGCUCUCACAAUCAACAAGCUGCGCAAGCGCGAGGAGCACUCUGCAUCGGUGCACCCAGCCGAAGCUGUGCUCCAAACCGCGCCGCAACAACCGCCUGAGCCUCUUGCCUUUCGUCAGCAGCCCUUGUGGCAGUUCCCACCACCGCUGCCUCCGCCUUACGUCUAUCCUCAUGAUCAGGACAACUUGAUGCAGCCAAUUGGUAACGAGCGGGCGAGUUUUCGCAGUUUACGCAAGAACAUCGGCGGUCGUUGGAAGCGACUCGUGAAAAAGAAGCCCGAACAGGAAGUGUACACGAUCCCGCCUGAGCUCAAACCUCAACUCAAGCAAAUAUAUGUGUACUAAAUACUUCCCAUCGGAAACAAAGGCGUAGAAGCGGGACCUUCAAUGCUGCUAUAAAAUAGACUUCAACCAAACGUUCAAUGGUAUAACCAUUUAUCAAUUCAUAUCUUAGUAACUUAAAACCAUAUCUGUACUCGAACAUAAGUUGAAAGCAUCUUAUCAUGGGUUUUAACCCACUAUAUCUUUGAACAUAUCUCUUCGACCAAUUUUUUCUAAAGACCAAUGAUAACCCUAUUUCAUUCAACACUUCAUUGUGAUUUUAAGCCUAGAUGUAUUAAAUAAGUAUUAGAACAUUGAAGUUUGAGUGUUGUUCUGUUAUUUUUAUAUUUGAAUGUUGAAUUAUGAGUGAUAGUCAAAUGAAUUAGUUUAAUUUUUAAUUUAAAGUUACGAAUGAAAUUAGGAAGAUGCGGUCGCGCAUACUAGUGACGAAAAUCCAAUAAUUAUGAUAAAAGAAGCAGAUGCCUUGAAUGUAAUUUUAAUUAAUUAAGGCAUUUUAUAGGUCAUUAACUUAUUAUAGACGUGGUCGUUUCUGUAGUUGAAUAUCGAUCAAAUAGUGUCAUGAAAUAUAUUCGAUCCAUACACACAUAUGCUAACUUAACAACUUGUGAAAGUGAUUAUAAAAUCUCAUUGUUGGAUACAGUAUUUUAUAUCAAGCAUUUGAGUUGCGAGCGAGACUGAAAUAUUGUUCAAAUUAAUCUAUAUAACGUAACGUA